GCGGUAGCCAUUUUAUUACGGCUUUCUAUUGAACACCUCAACCUUAAAAUUUUUGAUAUUGUCACAGUAAAUCAGGCUUUCUUUUUCUGUCUUCUCGUGUCUAAAUUUGAAAUCCGGCUCGCAUUAACUAGAUAAAAUUGUUUCGCCAUAAUCUUCAUUUUCGCAAAUUUUGUAUCAAAAAGUAAUAGCCUACCAAUUUUGUUUAAACUAGUAUUUAUACUCGCGUUUAUAGCUCAUCAAUAUCUUAGCCUUUUUUGAUCUUGCACCUACAAUAACUCAAAAAGUUUGCAAUUAUGUCUGACGAUCAACAAAAUGAACAGCAGACAAACGGAACAAAUGAAAACAAUGGAGUUGAACAACCAAGCACACAGGAAGAGUUAGCUAAAGAAGAUGACAGAAAAUUAUUUGUUGGUGGAUUAAGCUGGGAAACAACAGAAAAGGAAUUAAAAGAACAUUUUGUUCAAUAUGGUGAAAUAACAAAUAUCAGUCUCAAAACUGACCCUGCCACUGGGCGCUCUAGAGGAUUUGCUUUUAUCAUUUUUAAAUCAGUUGAAGGAUUAAAUAAUGCAUUUGCUGCUGGAGAUCACGUGAUAAAUGGAAAAAAAAUUGAUCCUAAAAAAGCUAAAGCCAAACAAGAAAAAGUAUUUGUUGGAGGCUUACCAUCAGAUGUUACCAAUGAUGAAAUAAAAGAGUUUUUUGGAAAAUGGGGUGUUAUUGUGAACUUGGAGGUUCCAUUUGAUAAAAUGAAAAAUCAACGAAAGGGAUAUUGUUUUAUUACGUAUGAAUCUAGUGACAAAGUGCAAGAUUUAUUUAAAACUGCAAAACAGACUAUUAAAGGAAAAGAAGUUGAUGUCAAAAAAGCUGCACCUAAACCUGCCAAUCCGUAUUCAAAUCCAAAAACAAUGAGAGGUAGAGGAGCUGCUCGUGGAGCAUAUGGGCCGUAUGCUGCACCAUAUGGAGCUUACCCUCCUCAAGGAUAUGAUUAUUAUGGAGGAGCUGCAUAUCCUGGAUAUGAAGCUGAUUAUUAUGGAAGUUAUGGUUAUGCUGGCUAUGAUUAUGGGUAUGGUUAUGAAGCACCUCCAGCGCCAGUUUCAGCUGCCAGGGGACGUGCUGCAUUUAAUGGUGCUGGUAAAGCUAGAGGAGCAUCUCGAGGAUCAGGAGCUAGGCAUGCUCCAUAUUAAAUAUUCAACUAUGUUUCAUAUGUGUUAAUAAUUUGUGUGUGUCCGUGUGUAUUUACACUAUUAGGUAACAAAAUUUUUUUACAAACAAAUUUUCUGACGACAAUAACAAAUAGCAGAAAAAUAGACCACUCUGUCCUUAAGUUAUUAAUUUUGUAUGUUUUAAACAUAAAACAAUUAUUAAUGUACAAAAAAUAGAUUUUAAAUUAAGCACAAAGUUAAUAUUACAAUAAACGUUUGUAAAUGUUCGUACAUUUUUUACUUUAUAGUAUAGUUCGUAAUUUGUAACAUUAUUUUUCCUAAUAAAUAAAUAUAGUGUAUUUAUAGAUUUUAUAAUAUAUCGUAUAUUAUAAGUA